CCGGCCGUGGCUGUGCUGCCGCGCUCAGGGCUCGCCGGGCUGCAGACCCGCUGUUCCUGCGCGGCCACCCGCGCUGAGGGAGCGCUUCCAGCUGUGAUGAGCGCUCCACACAGCGCUCUCCGUGCCACAGGAGGACGAGGCUUGCCAGGCUGCACAAAUGCCUUUCCGGGCCCUGCCUUCAAACCCCCGAAGGAAAAGCCGGCGGCCAGCACCACAGGGAGCACUCCUGUGACAAUGUCCCACAGGGGAGGGACCUUUUCCCCGUACCUUCCCGCUGGCUGUGAGCAGGCGAGGAGCCGCUCCGGGCCCCGGCCCCCCGCAGGAGGCAGCGCGGCGCUUCUCCGUCCCUCGGGCCGCCCCGGGCCCUGGGGCACAGCGCUGCGGGCCCUUCCAGCCCGGCCCAGCGGGACGGGACCGCCCCGGCUCGGCCGCCGAGCGCCGCCGGUGCCGCUCGAGCGCUGGAGCGGCCGCUCCCGCCCCUGGCGCGGCGCGGGCGGAGCGGGCGGGCCGGGCCGGGCGAGGGGCCGGGCCUGUCCCUGCCCGCGGUACGGCCUAGCCGGGCCUGGGGCCGCGGUACCGGCGGGAUGGCCUUGGUGCCCUACGAGGAGGGAGGCGGCUGGGCCGCGCGGCAGCUGCACAGCCCUUGGGCCACGUUCCACUUCGCCAGCCGCACCAUCCGCCUCCAGCAGGACUGGCGGCGGCUGGGCGUGGCGGCCGUGGUCUGGGACGCGGCGGUUGUCCUGUGUGCUUAUCUGGAGAUGGGAGGCGUUGAUCUCAGGGAUCGGUCUGUGAUCGAGCUGGGAGCUGGAACUGGAUUGCUGGGAAUAGUGGUCACGUUACUAGGUAAGGGCUUUUUGUUGUCUCGUUUAAAGCAAAUCACAGCUACCAUGUCCUCCUGUCCCCUCAGGUGCCCGUGUUACCAUCACAGACAGGGCAGCAGCACUGGAAUUCCUGGAGUCAAACGUGCAGGCGAACUUACCCCCCGAACUACGUCCCAGAGCAGUGGUGAAGGAGCUGACGUGGGGAAAAGACCUGGAUAACUUCCCUCCAGGAGCAUUUGACUUUGUCCUGGGUGCAGACAUCGUUUAUCUGGAAGAAACAUUUGCAGAACUGCUUCAGACGCUGGAGCACCUGUGCUCCGAGCGAACGGUGAUUCUCCUUUCCUGUCGGAUCCGCUAUGAGCGGGAUCUCCAGUUCCUGAAGAUGCUGAGGGAGCGUUUCUCUGUCUCCGAGGUCCAUUACGAUUCCAGUAAGGAUGUCCAUAUCUACAAAGCACAGAGGGGUAGUCACAAGGAUGACUUUUGACUCUCUGCUUUGUUAAUGAGCCACAGAUGCUGUUCAGUUCUCCCUUUUGUUUCUACUCAAUACACUCGUUCCUAAGCAUGAA